AUGGUAAUUCAGGAAUGCAACGAAGCAGCCGUCAAGAUCCUGAAAUUCAAGGAUAAAUCCGAGAUUGCAGGCAAGGUAGACGUUGCCAGCCUGACGCCCGAGUUCCAGCCAGACGGGACAAGAUCUGCCGACAAGUUGGCUCAGUUCAGCCGCCCGGUGCUCUCAGGAGGAGGCUCUGCCAUUGGCGAGUGGUGGCACUAUGCGUCGGAUAAAACCCUCAUUCCGGUCCUAGUAAAAGUUCAGUGCGUGCAAGCCAACGGGCGCAGCCACUUUGUGACCGUGUGGCACGACCUCACAGACAUAAAGCAGCACGAGCAGGCGCUGCUCAAGGCGCGGGAGAACGCGGAGCGCGCCAACGCGUCCAAGAGCGAGUUCCUCGCCAAAAUCAGCCACGAGAUCCGCACCCCCAUGAAUGGCGUCAUCGGUGUAGCAGACCUGCUGUUGCAAACCCCGCUGAGCAACGAGCAACGGUCGCUCCUCGAGGUGAUUCACUGGGGGCUUGCUGUCAGGGAACUCACUGUCUGGGGAUUAUAUCCGGUAAUCCGCACGUCGGGGGACUCGCUGCUGAGGAUCAUAUCGGACGUGCUGGAUAUAAGCAAGAUGGAGGCGCACUCGCUGCAGCUGGAGGCCGUUCCGUUCAACCUGCGGGCUGUGGUGGCUGAAGCGGAAUCGACCGUGCAUGUGCUCGUGCUGCAAAAGGGCAUCCAGGUGUCUGCUCUGCUCUCUGUCUCGCUCGCAGCCCUGGAUCUCCCUCCCCCCUUUCUGUGCUUCCUGUUUCUUGAAGGAUUCUCCCCAUCCCCUGCUGCAUCUCAUUCCUCUGCUGCCACAAUUGCUUCUCCUGUCUCUUCCCUUCUCCCUUUCUUACCCUUCACACGUCUCCGCCCACCCCUCCCUCUUACUACGUACAUGUCUCCUCCUAUCUUUUCCUCAUGCACGGACAUGCCAUGCUGCCCGCCCUGCAUUCAGCUCCUCGUUGACGUGGAUCCAGCCGUGCCCUCGCUUGUGGUUGGGGACCCCAGCAGGCUGCGCCAGGUGCUGCUGAAUCUCCUCUCCAACGCCAUCAAGUUCACUUCCAGGGGCCAUGUGAAAGUGCGUGUGAGCCUGUCAAUAGCAGCUGAAAUUCUACCAGCGUCAGCACAGCCAGAUGCAGUGAAAGCUGACCCACAAGCCUUGUCAGCAGAACAAGGAGCAGCCUCAGCAGAGCCCGAAACUGCGUCAGCGAAUCCUCGUGCAUCGUCACUAGAACCCAAAGCAUCUCCGACAAAACCCAGCCGAAAGAGAGUGUUAUGGGGAACGGGUGAAGGGAUGGCAGGAUUAGAGGAUGAUGCGAAGAAGAGGGCGAGAUCUGAGGAGGGGGGGAAGGGGGGCGACAGGGCAGGAUACGAAUUUGGAAAGAAGAGUGAUUCCUUGCAGAAGCAGGCGUUGGAAAGACUAGGUGCUGCAAAGAUGGCAGGAAUGGGGACUUCUAGAGCUGGAAACGGGUUCCAAGAACAUGGCAGUGUGCCAGAGGAGAGAGAGAGAAACGGCGAGGCACGAGUACCAAGUGAAGGAGGUUGCUGCGAGCAUGUGUCUGCUGGGCCGUCAGCUGAUGCAGAUGUUCCACAGGAGGAGCAAUCAGGCCCGUCAGCAGCAACAGAUGUUUCACAGGAGCAGCGAGGUCGGCCAACAGCAGCAGAGGUUUCACGGGAGGAGCAAUCAAGUCCCUCUAUGGCAGCAGCAGGCAUGGCUUUUGAGGCGUCUCAAGAGUUGAGUGCGCUGAGUGCUGGCCUGGCACCCGCCGCGGGUGUGCCACGGGAGCAAUCAGAUCCAUCAGAUCCAUCACCAGCAGCGGCAGUUGCUGUUUCACCGCAAGAGCAAUCACACCCACCUGUAUUAGCAGAUGCUAACCUUGCAGCUGAAGGCUCUGCAGGGAAGUCACAACAUGAAGACAUAGCCAGAGCAACCAGCUCGGAGAAGCAAGCUGCAUCUGCAUGCCUUCCUGAGAAUGGCAAUUUGAUGAUCAGGUCCCUUUCCCUGGAGAAGGCGCGGGCAAUUACAGUGUGCUUUGAAGUGACAGACACUGGGAUCGGCAUUCCACAGCAGAUGCUGCCAAAGUUGUUCCAGCCUUUCACACAGGCGGACAAGUCCACCGCGAGGAGGGACGGAGGCACGGGGCUGGGUAUCGCCAUCUGCAGGUCUCUUGCGGACAAGUCCACCUCAAGGAGGUACGGGGGCACGGGGCUGGGCUUGGCCAUCUGCAGGUCGCUAGUGACGCUCAUGGGGGGCACCAUCUCCGCCUCCUCCCGCCCAGGCCAUGGCUCCUGCUUCUCCUUCGCCCUGCCCUUCACUCUCCCCACUGGGAGCUGCUUCGAUUCCCCUGAGGUCACGGAUACUUGUGCUGUUGCUAAGUGUGGUGGAGUCACAGGGAGUGUCGCAGCUGCAGCACCAUUGGCAGCACUGUUGGCACGAUCAGCAGCACUGUUGGCAGCGCCAAUGGCAGCACCAUCAGCAGCACCAUCAGCAGCAUCAUUGGCAGCAUUGCCUCAUUCGGCCUCUUGGGAGUCCUUUUCUCUAGUGGCAGCGGCGGCAGCGGUGCGCUCCUCUUCUCCAUCGGUAGAGCUGCAAUCGUUUGCCGGGCUGAGGUGUCUGGUGGUGGAGGACAAUCCGGUGAACCAAAUGGUGGUCGUGAGGCUGCUGGGCAGCCUGCAGGUCACCUGUGACGUGGCAGAGGAUGGGGUCAAGGCCGUGGCAGCAUGCCAAGCCAAGGAGUAUGACGUCAUCUUCAUGGUGAGAUGCGGUGGGCAAUUAUGGUAA